AUGAGUGAAAACGAUCAUCAGGAGAUGGAAACAACAAGAACUUCUUCUGAAAGAAGAACAUCACCACAAUUGGGAGGAAAUGCACCAACAGAUGAUGCCGAACACACCAUUGAUCUUCAUGAACAGACUCCCGGAGUGGCUGAUGAACCACAAUUUCAAGAACCCAAAGUCAAAUCCAUCAUCUUUUAUAUUUUCAUUGGCCUUUUCUUAGUGUUGGCUUUCGGUUGCACCAUUGCAGCCUUUGUAAGCACUUUCUUACAAUUUCCAGUUCCGGAUCAAACAUGGAAGAACACAGCCUUUGAUCUUCCAAUGGAGUCACUCUUUACAUCGAUGGCCAGUGGAUUCUUAGCCUUGUUCGUUGUGGUCUUUUUGAGUUUACGUGUAUUGAGCUUUAAAGUUGGUACCUAUGAAUUCAAUGGAAGCAAGUGCUAUGAAAUUAGUCAAUACAUUGCUGAUGGUGCUCGUGCUUUCCUUGUUCGAGAGUUUCAAGUCUUGACUGUAUUUAUAGUGGUCGUUGCAGGUAUCUUGUUUGCAGUGGAUCAAUCGGGAUACUUUGUGGCCACACCUGUAUGUUUCCUUGUAGGAGCCGUCACGAGUUCAAUCACUUCCAUAAUUGGAAUGUAUAUUGCCACUCGUGCCAAUGUAAGAACCACCAAUGCAGCUCGUACUUCUCUCAAUCAAGCCUUGAAGGUUGCAUUUAGUGCAGGAACGGUCAUGGGUUUGUCAGUCGUGGGUUUAGGAUUGGUCAUGUUGACUCUUUGUUACAUGAUCUUUAGAAAUUUGAGUGCUUUGGCUGGUUUUGGUUUUGGAGCUAGUAGUAUUGCAUUGUUUGCUCGUGUGGGUGGUGGUAUCUAUACAAAGGCAGCAGAUGUUGGUGCUGAUCUUGUUGGUAAGGUGGAAUCCAACAUUCCUGAAGAUGAUCCAAGAAAUCCUGCAGUCAUUGCUGAUAACGUUGGAGACAAUGUUGGAGACGUGGCUGGAAUGGGAGCUGAUUUAUUCGAAUCCUAUGUUGGAAGUAUUAUUGCAGCUGCCACUCUUGGAUCACAAUUCUUUGGAUCGGUGGGUGUUGCUGCACCUUUCUAUUUGAGUGCCAGUGGUAUUUUAUGUUCCAUCAUUGGAAGUUCAUUGGUGAGUGUGAACAGUUCGAGUGCUUGGUGGCCAUUGAAUUAUUUGGUUGCACCUUUCCGAAGACAUGAUCGAACUCACACCACUCAUGAUACCACUCAUGAUAUGGAACAGAGUCAAAUGGAUGAAGAACAUGCUCCUGAUGUCAAUCCUGCCACUCAAAGUAGUCUCUUAAUGGCUAUUCGUAGAGGAAUUUUCGGUGCUGCCCUUUUAAAUAUUUUGUUAGGUGCAUUAAUUUUAUUCUUAUUAUUCGAUCCAUUAACACAAGCAUGGGCCAUCUUUUUAUGUUUCCUUAUUGGUAUUGCAAGUGGAGUGUUAAUUGGUUUAGCUACUGAAUAUUGUACUUCAUUUGCCUAUCGACCAACCAAAUCCAUUGCUGAGAGUGGUCUCACUGGUGCUGCACCAGUCAUUAUUAAGGGUCUCAGUGUUGGAAUGCUUUCAACAGUUGCACCUGUGGUGAUUAUUGUAUUGAGUAUUAUUUUCAGUGUCUUGUUGGGUGAUUUUGCUAGUGGAGGUAAAAGUGGAGGUGGAAUUUAUGGUAUUGCCAUUGCAGCAGUUGGAAUGUUGAGUACAUUGGGAGUGACAUUGGCAACUGAUGCCUAUGGACCUAUUGCUGAUAAUGCUGGUGGUAUUGCAGAGAUGAGUCAUUUACCACCACUUGUACGUGAGAGAACAGAUGCAUUGGAUGCAUUGGGUAAUACUACAGCUGCAACUGGUAAAGGAUUUGCUAUUGGAUCUGCCAUUUUAACAGCUCUUGCAUUGUUGCAAGCAUUCUCAACUGAAGCUGGUAUUACAAGUGUCAGUUUAUUAGAAAAGGAUGUUAUGAGUGGUUUGAUAUUUGGUGCUUGCUUACCAUAUAUUUUCAGUGCAUUAACAAUGACUGCUGUUGGUGAUGCUGCCAUGUCUAUUAUUGUGGAAGUAAGAAGACAAUUCAAAGAAAUUGAUGGAUUACUUGAAGGAAGACCAGGUGUUAAAGCAGAUCAUACUAAAUGUGUGGAUAUUUCAACAAAGAGUUCUUUAAAGAAGAUGAUUCUUCCUGGAUUGUUGUCUAUUAUUGCUCCAGUGUUGAUUGGCUUUGCUGGACGUCAGAAAAUGUUAGCUGGUCUUUUGGGUGGAAGUUUAUCAAGUGGAUUCUUGUUGGCAGUGACCAUGGCCAAUGCAGGAGGUGCAUGGGAUAACGCCAAGAAAUACAUUGAAAGUGGUGCCUUGGUUGAUAAGGAGACUGGUGAGGUUCAAAGAAAAGGAUCGGCUGCUCACAAAUCAUGUGUGGUUGGUGAUACUGUUGGAGAUCCAUUUAAGGAUACUAGUGGACCUGCCCUGAACAUUUUGAUCAAAUUGAUGACCAUUAUUGCAUUAGUGAUAGCUCCAGUGUUGAAACAAAUUUAUGGAGAACAAUAA